AUGAUGCAAACUGAAUUAAAAUAUGAUCAAGUACAGACAACUAUGACAGACUUGCAGCUCAAAGUGGAACAAUUAGAGGGCAAACUAAACGAUUUGGAAGAUCGCUCCAGGAGAUCUAAUAUCAGAAUCCGUAAUAUCCCUGAAAUAGUUAAUGACUCAACGCUGAAAAAGUUUUUAAGGGAUUAUUUUGAGUCGUUACUAGCUGAAACUGGACUAAAAGAUUCUGAAUUAGAAAGAUUCCACAGACUCCCUAGACCUCGAAAUAUAGCAGAAUCCUCACCAAGAGAUGUAAUAGUCAAAUUUCAAAAAUAA